ACAAAUUUUCUUUAAAUAGCUUAUCUAAACACACAGUAACUUCCAUAACCGAAUCAAAAAAUGAAGAUAUUAAUAAUCAUCUUCAUCACAACCUUAAUUCUCAUCAAAUCAUCAGCUUCACACCUCCCCAUUUGGCCCAAACCAAGGCUCUUAAAAUGGAACAAUCCGCCAACAGCAACGCUCAUCUCCCCCGCAUUCACCGUCACCUCACCGGACCAUCCAAAUCUAACCCCCGCCGUCAACCGUUACCUACACCAAAUCCUCACAGAACACUACACUCCUCUCUCAGGCAUUUCGUCGAACAUCUCAACUGCAUCCCCUAAAUUGCAGACUCUUACCAUCACCGUGGCUGAUCUCACUGCCCCGCUUCACCACGGUGUUAAUGAGUUGUAUACAAUCAAAAUCCCCAAUAACAGCUCAACUGCUAGUUUGGCAGCUGAGACUGUGUGGGGCGCAAUGCGGGGACUCGAAACAUUUUCUCAACUUGUUUGGGGGAAACCUUCGCGUGUGGCUUCGGGGUUGUAUGUUAAAGAUUGGCCGAUGUUUGGACAUAGAGGUGUGAUGUUGGAUACUUCGAGAAACUAUUAUCCGAUUGUGGAUUUAAAGAGGACAAUUAGUGCUAUGAGUGGUAAUAAACUGAAUGUUUUUCAUUGGCAUAUUACUGAUUCGCAUUCAUUUCCGAUGGUUUUUCGGUCUGAGCCUGGUCUUGCUGAUAAGGGUUCGUAUGGGAAUGAUAUGCAGUACUCAAUUAAUGAUGUUGCUGAUCUUGUAAAAUUUGGUUUGGAUCAUGGUGUUAGGGUUCUUCCUGAAAUUGAUGCUCCUGCACAUACAGGAUCUUGGGCUGGUGCUCACCCGGAUAUUGUGACAUGUGCUAACAUGUUUUGGUUACCGGCAGGAAGUGACUGGGCUGAUCGACUGGCAUCUGAACCAGGAACCGGCCAGCUAAAUCCGCUAAAUCCUAAGACGUAUCAAGUGCUCAAAAACAUCAUUGCUGAUGCGGUCUCCAUGUUCCCUGAACCAUAUUACCAUGCAGGCGGUGAUGAAAUUGUCCCAGGAUGUUGGAAAGUCGACCCGGACAUACGUUCCUAUCUAUCAAAUAACGGAACCCUCAGUCAGCUGUUAGAGAAGUUUGUCGAGUCCACGUUACCUUACAUUGUAUCGUUGAAUCGUACGGUUGUUUACUGGGAAGAUAUUUUAUUGGAUGCCGAAGUCAAGGUGGAUGCGUCACUUCUUCCACCCGAGCAUACCAUCCUACAAACAUGGAAUAACGGUCCAAACAAUACGAAGCUGAUUGUUUCCGCUGGUUACCGAGCCAUAGUGUCAUCCUCAGAAUUCUAUUACUUAGAUUGUGGGCACGGUGACUUUCUCGGGAAUGAUAGCCAAUACGACCCGAUACCGACUGCACGCGAUAAUACAACCAAUGGUGGAUCAUGGUGCGGACCCUUCAAAACAUGGCAGACGAUAUACAACUACGACAUAACAUACGGGCUGAGCGAAAAGGAAGCCGAAUUAGUACUAGGGGGUGAAGUGGCAUUAUGGUCAGAGCAAACAGAUGCGGCAGUUCUGGAUGUACGUCUCUGGCCGAGAACUUCAGCAAUGGCUGAGAGUUUAUGGUCAGGCAAUAGGGAUGAGACAGGUAAGAAGCGGAGCGCAGAGGCAACAGAUCGUUUAACUGAAUGGAGGUACAGAAUGGUGAGAAGAGGAAUCGCAGCUGAACCGAUUCAACCACUGUGGUGCAUUAAGAACCCAGGCAUGUGUAACGCAGUUCAGCCAUUUUAAAUUUGCACAGUUGUUUUGUUUGUACAAUAAUAACAUACAUAAAAUAUCAAAAAAGUAAAAAAAAAACAUUUUAUUUGGGAAAGAAAAUGGAUUGUUAUAAAUUA